AUGUAUGAAGUCUCCCAGAACUCUGUGCAGUCUCCUCCUAAUUUCAAGCACCAUGUCACCGAGCAGAGCCGGCUGUCGGAUCGGAUGAGCCGCAGGCUGACCAGAACCUACCAGCUGUACAGCCGAACCAGCGGGAAACACGUCCAGGUCCUGGCCAACAAGAGGGUCAACGCCAACGGAGACGACGGAGCGGUGCACGCUAAACUGGAAGUGGAGACGGACUCUUUUGGAAGUCGUGUUCGUAUUAAAGGGGUGAAGACAGGAUACUACAUAUGCAUGAACAAGAGGGGGAAGCUGAUUGGCAAGCGGAAAGGACGAGGCAAAGACUGCAUCUUCACCGAGAUUGUUCUGGAAAACAACUACACGGCCCUCCAGAACGCCAAGUACGAGGGCUGGUACAUGGCUUUCACACGCAAGGGCCGUCCGAGGAAGGCCUCCAAGACCAAGCAGCACCAGAGGGAGGCCCACUUCAUGAAGCGUCUACCCAGGGGGCACUUGCUAAGCGAGAGGAGGCCGUUUGAUGUCCUUCCUCUGCCUGUCCCCGCGCACCCUUUCAGCAAGCGGACUAAACAUUCCCAUCACCAGCACUUGGGGGAACGCUGAGGACUGAAACCGCUGAGGGAGAAUUGUGAAUGAACUGGCACAUAGGAACCACUGCAAGAGAAAACAUGUGCUUGAGAGCAAAAAUUAUCUUUUACAGUCAAGUGCCCAUACACUUUAUUUGCCUCAUUUGUGGACUUAUUAUGUAAUUCUUUGUACUGGAUUGUAUGUAAACAUUGACUAUCUAAUCUGCUAGUUAUUUCCAAUUCAGACAGACUGUAGGAAGGAGUUUUUCUUGUUAAAUCAGGGGGCAUUUAAAGUACUGAAGAGCGCAACAAUAAUGUCAUGAAUGAAAACCUUUGUUUAGAAGUUAGCCAGCUCAGCAACAAAGAAUGUUUAUAAGUGAAAUGAGUAUAAUGAAGCUAGACAUGGCAGCUAUCUGUGGUUACAGCAUCUGAGCCUCAGUUGACAUGCUAUCUUGCCUUUAGGAGGCCAUUUUGGAGAAUAUGUAACCUGCUUUUUUUUUUUUACAUAUAUGAAUAUAUUUUUACUGUAAAAAUGUAAAUUACAUCAAAUGAUGGAAAUAUUUAUUGUAGAGUGUAUAUUAAAACCACUAAAGAAUCAGUUCA